AUGCUGGGCCUCCAGCACAUCCACGUGGACGCCGUGGACGUCGUGGACCUGCUGACGCCCCCCGAGACCCCCGAGGAGGCGACGCCGCCGCCGCUGCCGCCGUCUGUGUCGCUGGUCGUGACCCUGGUGGACGGCAAGCUCGACGGCAAGCCUGUUGGCCAUGGCAGCAUGUCGGCCGGCGACGGAGCUCACCCGUUCCAGGGCAUCAUCGACUACCUGCUGGCCGGCAGCGACCGGCACCGCGACGCCGACGCCUUGGAGGACGCCCUGGAGGACACCGCCUGGAUGUCGCCGCCGGGGCAGCUGUAUGACGUCGUGAACCCGGGGCUGUACGCCGGGCAGGACAUCACGCCCGUGACGUACAGUCCCUCGGAGCCGUCGGGGCGCACCUCAGUACAGAGUCAGGAGACUGAAUUCCCCAGCCCGGUGCAGGACUUCGCCAGUCCAGCCCAGGACUUCGCCAGCCCUGUCCCGGGCUUUGCCAGCCCGGACUUCGCAAGCCCCACUCAGGACUUCGCCAGUCCAGCUCAAGACUUCGCUAGCCCAACUCAGGACUUCGCCAGUCCUGCUCAAGACUUCGCGAGCCCCACUCAGGACUUCGCCAGUCCAGCUCAAGACUUUGCUGUCCAGGACUGCGUCGCAUUCGCCAGCCCCGCCUCGGCGCCAACGUCAGUACAAAGUUUGGAGACUGUGAGCUGCAGCCCCGCCCCCACCCCCAGCCCGGCCGGCAGCGUCACCCUCACGGAGCUGAGGACGAACCGGCGCCUCGCGCAAAGCCUGUCGGACCCGGGCUGCUCCACCGCGAGUGCGACAAUCAGUGAUCAAGUCUGUGAUAGAAAAACGAAGAGGAGGAGCAAAGGAUCUCAGCCGGCGGCGCAGAGGACAGGAGCCAAAGCCGCCGUCAGGUCCAGUGAUAAGGACAAGGACAGUGAUAGUGAAGACGACCCUGCCAGCGAGGAGGACGCCUCCCUGCCCUCCGACCCGCAGACAUGGACGUCGACGCACGUGGCCACGUGGCUGCGCUGGUGCGCCAAGGAGUUCCACCUGCCGCCGCUGGACGCGGACAAGUUCCCCUCCACCGGCGCCGAGCUGCUGGACCUGGACGGGCCCGGGUUCGAGUCCCGGUCGGGGUCGUCGCGGGCCGCGCGCCUGCUGCGCUCGCACCUCGCACACACGCUGUUCCAGGCCACCGGCAGAGCGACGUCGCCAUUGGAGGACGACGUGGCCGCGCUCAGCGAAGACCCGUACCAGCUGCUGAACGCGGCCUCCUCCCGGUUGGUGGCCCAGGGCUCGGGGCAGAUCCAGUUGUGGCAGUUCCUCCUCGAGCUGCUCGCCGAUUCGUCCAACGCGCCGCUCAUCUGCUGGGAGGGGACCAAUGGCGAGUUCAAGCUGGGCGACCCGGACGAGGUGGCGCGCCGCUGGGAGCGGAAGAGCAAGCCCAAUAUGAACUACGACAAGCUGAGCCGCGCCCUCAGGUACUACUACGACAAGAACAUCAUGACCAAGGUCCACGGCAAGCGCUACGCCUACAAGUUCGACUUCCAUGGACUCAUGCUCGCGUGCCAGGCGCAGGCCCAGGGGGGCGCGGGGGCGGCGGGGGGCGGCCUGGGGGGCGGUCUUGGGGGGCCUGCCCUCGGCUCCAGCCACCUCGGCACCACCACUCUCGGUGGCAGCCCCCUCAGCGCCUACCCCUCCAAGUACCAGCACCACCCCGGCGACCUGGGCUCCGCCCUGUACCCGCACAAGCUGCAGAGCUCCAGGAUCUCCCCCGGGCAGCCCGCCACGCCCCACCCCCAGACCCACCUCCACCCGAACAAGGGAUUUAUUGCAAUGUUUUUUCAAUUAAACUUAAACUUGUUGUCCUGUCAAUACAAGAUCAUUGAUCGUUAUUGGAAGUGGCAACCCACUUUUCCUACUGUAUCAUAA